ACUUCGCAUCUUCAGCAGAACAAGAGAAGUCGCAGUUGAUUUUAUGUACGGCUAAGGCUUGAUGAUGAUCACAACCUGAUACAUUCGCACAAAAGUCCGAUCGUGUUCGAGUUACAAGUUUAGAUCCUUUUUUUUAACAGAGAAAUUGUUAUUCAUAUCGACUUGAUCGUGAGACACGCACAACAUAUCUUCGCUCGGUCUCUAUCAUCUGUUCUCUAAGUUUAGAGCGUCCACAUACAGGAAUCUUGAAUUUUGAUUGAAAGAGAAAUGGCAAAUAACGCGGCUGCUUGUGCUGAGAGAGCUACAAACGAUAUGCUGAUUGGUCCUGAUUGGGCUAUCAACAUUGAACUCUGUGACAUUAUCAACUUCGAUCCUAGUCAAGCAAAAGAAGCAGUGAAGGUGCUCAAGAAACGGUUAGCAAGCAAAAACUCCAAAGUGCAGAUUCUAGCUCUUUAUGCAUUGGAAACUCUGAGUAAGAACUGUGGUGAGAGCGUGUACCAGCUUAUCGUGGACCGUGAUAUCUUGCCUGAUAUGGUCAAAAUAGUCAAGAAAAAGCCAGACUUGAGCGUAAGAGAGAAGAUACUUAGUUUGUUAGAUACAUGGCAAGAGGCUUUUGGUGGAAGGUUCCCUCAGUAUUACAAUGCUUAUAAUGAACUCAGGUCUGCUGGAGUUGAGUUCCCACCUAGAACCGAGAGCAGUGUACCCUUCUUUACUCCACCUCAGACUCAGCCCAUUAUUGCUCAGGCCGCUGCUGCUGCGUCAGAUGAAGAUGCUGCUAUUCAGGCUUCUUUGCAAAGUGAUGAUGCUUCUGCUCUCAGUGUGGAAGAGAUUCAAAGCGCUCAGGGAUCAGUUGAUAUUUUGAUGGACAUGCUUGGUGCUCUUGAUCCAAACCAUCCCGAGGGUUUGAAGGAAGAACUUAUAGUUGACUUGGUAGAGCAAUGCCGUAAUUAUCAAAGACGUGUAAUGACUCUGGUCAACACUACAUCAGAUGAGGAGCUUCUGUGUCAAGGAUUGGCGUUAAACGACAACUUGCAGCGUGUUCUUCAGCAACACGAUGAUAAGGCGAAAGGAAACUCUGUUCCUCCUCCUGCAACAGCUCCUACUGCACCGCUUGUUAGCAUCAACCAUGACAAUGAUGAUGAGUCGGAUGAUGAUUUUGCUCAGCUCUCUCACAGGUCGAAAAGAGAAAGUGCACGAGGGAACUUCAACCCUAUUCUUCCUCCACCACCACCACCAACAACGAGGCCAGUACACGUUGAAUCUGGUGCCAUGGACUUCCUCAGCGGUGAUGUCUACACACCUCAAGGAACCUCAACUACUUCCCAUUCAUCAGAUCGAGACUCUUCUGCUCCUGUUUUCGAUGAGCCAGCUCCCCGGAUCAAAUCCCCUGAGCAAGCUUUCUUCAACAAACCAGUUUAUGACCACCAACAAACGGAUCAGUUGCCUCGUGCUCCACCACCAAUGUCUGUUAGAACCAACCAGAGGCAACAGCAUAGUAAUGUUCCUCAACGCUCAAGCAGUGGCUCUGAGUCCUCUUACGAGGAUCUCUUGGGACAAUCAAGGAAUCUUUCCAUGAAUCCAACCUCCUCAGCUGCUACACCACCACCGAAGAAAGAUGACAAACCAGAGGAUAUCCUUUUUAAGGACUUGGUUGACUUUGCAAGAACCAGGAAGUCGUCGUCCUCUUCCUCCAAACCCAACAAUUAGAACAACACACCCUUUUGAGACAGAGCUGCUGGUUGUUGCUUUAGUAAUAACUAACUACUCAUACAAUUUUUUCUUAAUUUGUGUCCUUGUUUUCUUUUAUUGAACAUGGAUGAUUAAAAGCUUGAAUAUAUAGAGAUCUUUUAUUUUAUAG